UAAAAAGUCUUAAAGAAUUUGGGAGUGAGGCUUUCUUCGUAGACUUCUGUUUGGCUCGGGUUUUCAAGUCUAUAUUCUUUUUUUCUCCUUUAGCUUUUAAGACCUAAAAAGUCUUAAAGAAUGUGGGAGUGGACUUUCUUCAUACACUUUUGUUUGGCUCUACUUUUUAACAUUUUGUGGAUAAUUAAAUUUCCAUUUUAAUGCAUUUUGUUGGAAGAAACUUCCUUGCGCUUCAUGCAUUUUUGUGUUUUAGCUAAAGCUUACUCUAUAUAUUUGGAGUUGUGAGCCAUGGCAAUUGCAACCAUGACUACUCCUCUUCCUAUUUCCUUUUUCCCUAUUCUUCUUCUCAUUCCCGCUGUCUGUUUUACCAUUUGUCAUGCCAAUUCCAACCUACUUUGCAUUCAGAGUGAGAGAGAAGCUCUUUUGAAAUUCAAGCAUCAUCUUAUUGAUCCUUCAAACAGGCUAUCGUCAUGGGUUGAAGGUGGGGAUUGCUGUGAAUGGACUGGUGUCGUCUGCCAUAACUCCACAGGCCACGUCAACAAACUGCACUUGGCCGCUCCUCUUUCAGAGCCUGAUGGCUUUGCAACAAAUGCUGAAAUGGAAGCUUACUACAAUUCCCGGCUAGGAGGCAAAAUAAAUCCUUCACUGCUGGAGUUGAAGCAUCUCAGUUCCCUGGACUUGAGCUAUAACGAUUUUAACAGCAUACAUAUCCCGAAAUUUUUCGGUUUGCUGGAGAGUUUAACAUAUCUUAACCUCUCUGGUGCACUAUUUCAGGGAGCAAUUCCUCAUAAACUUGGGAAUCUCUCAAAGCUGCAGUAUCUUGAUCUUCGAGGUAAUGAUCUCGAACCAAAAAGUCUUCAAUGGGUUUCUGGGCUUUCUUCCUUGCAGUACCUUGAUUUGAGCUAUGCGAAUCUUUCUAAAGCAAAAGACUGGAUACAGGUAACAUUCAAACAUCCUACUUUGUUAGUGUUGCACUUGUCAGGUUGUGGUUUAGAAGAUGAUCCAUCUUUCAACAGUAUUAAUUCUUCAAAAUCACUGGUUGUUCUUGAUCUUUUUCGGAACCGCUUUUCUUCAGUACCUAAGUGGAUAUUUAGUCUUCAUGGUCUUGUGUCCAUUGAUCUUAGUGGCAAUUCUUUGGAAGGCCCAAUUCCAGAUUACUUUGGGAACAUCUCGUUUCUUGAAGUUCUUGAUCUUAGUUGGAAUCAUCUCAAUUCAUCCAUACCCAAUUCCUUGUAUAGUUUAAACCGUCUUCAGUUCCUUAGUCUUAGGGAGACCCAGUUACAAGGAACAAUCUCAAGUUCCAUUGGAAACUUGAGCUCUCUUACUCAGCUUGAUCUUUCAGAAAAUCAAUUAAAUGGUCAAAUUCCAUUGUCUAUAGGGGAGUUAUCAUCUCUGAAGUUGUUUGAUGUUUCAAGAAAUCAAUUAAAUGGCCAAAUUCCCUUGUCUAUAGGGCAGUUGUCAUCUUUGGAGGAGUUUCAUGUUUCAGAAAAUCAAUUAAAUGGUCAAGUUCCAUUGUCUAUAGGGGAGUUAUCAUCUUUGAAGUUGUUUGCUGUUUCAAAAAAUCAGUUAAACGGCCAAAUUCCCUUGUCUAUAGGGCAGUUAUCAUCUUUGGAGGUAUUUGAUGUUUCAGAAAAUCAAUUAAAUGGUACUUUUCCUCUAUCUUUUGGACGACUAGAAAGUUUGGAAAUUCUGGAUUGUGGGUAUAAUCUAUUAGAAGGAGUUGUAUCAGAAACCUAUUUUUCUAAUCUCACGAGAUUGACAACUCUGAAGGCAUCACACAAUCGGCUUAGAUUUGAACCAAACUCAAGCUGGAUUCCCCCAUUUCAAUGUGACUGGAUCGAAUUGGGUCACUGGCAUCUUGGCCCAAAGUUUCCCCAGUGGUUAAAAUUCCAAAAGAAAUUGUCUUAUUUGGAUAUCUCCAAUGCAGGAAUUUCAGAUGUCAUGCCCACUUGGUUUUUGAACCUUCCCACUCAAUUUAACUCUUUAAACCUUUCCUCGAAUCAACUUAGAGGAGAGAUUUCAUAUUUAAAUGUGAGCUACUGUGUUGAUUUGAGUUCAAACCGAUUCAUAGGCCCAUUGCCAACAGUAUUCCCAAUUUUAGAAUUUCUAUUUUUAUCAAACAAUUCAUUUUCGGGAUCUCUUUUUGAAUUAGUUUGUAAUUCAUCAAGUGGGAAACACAUGGAAGUUCUUUACAUUGAUAAAAAUCUUAUCUCAGGAGAUAUUCCAGAUUGUUGGAAUCAUUGGCAGUAUUUGUUCCUUUUAAAUUUGGGAAGCAACAAUUUGACCGGCAAAAUCCCACCUUCUUUAUGGCAUCUAAAUCUUACAAUGCUAAACCUUCGAAACAAUACAAUGUUUGGAGAAUUGCCAUCCACAUUGCAAAAUUCUCCACAUUUCAUUAUGUUUGAUGUUAGUGAAAAUCAUUUCAGUGGAAGUGUACCAGCAUGGAUUGGUGAUAAGCUCUCAAACCUUGUGAUUCUAAGCCUUCGAUCAAAUAACUUUGAUGGACAUAUUCCUCAUAAAAUUUGUGAUCUUCAAUUUCUUCAAAACUUGGACCUUGCCCACAACAACAUUUCUGGAGUUAUUCCAAAAUGUUUUAAUAAUUUAACUGCAAUAGCCACAACAAACAAAACCAAUAAUUUUCUUUCUGUGGCGCUUGUAAAUGCUGACCCAUUUUAUUUGAACGCAUUAUUGGUGUUGAAAGGACGAGAGGAUGAAUAUGGUAGCACACUAGGACUUGUUACGAGCAUAGACCUUUCAGCUAACAGUCUCACAGGAGAGAUCCCAAAAGAAAUUGGUAGUCUCGUUGGACUAUUGUCUUUAAAUUUUUCAGGGAAUCUCCUAACAGGAAAUAUACCAGACAGCAUUGGCAGCAUGGAGUUAAUGGAAUCUCUUGAUUUAUCCAUGAAUCGACUAAAUGGUGAAAUCCCUCUAAGUUUCUCCAAGUUGAAUUUCUUGAAUCACUUCAAUGUGUCCUACAACAACUUGACAGGACAAAUCCCAACAAGCACUCAGCUUCAAAGCUUUGAAAACUUAUCUUACUUCGGUAAUCAUCUUUGCGGACCUCCUCUCACUAAGAACUGCACCUCAAAAGGCAUGCCAAUUGACGUUGCAAAUAAUGGAAGUAGCAGGGAAGGAAGUAAAGUGAAUUGGCUUUAUGUCAGCAUAGUUCUCGGCUUCGUAAUGGGAUUUUGGGGUGUAGUGGCUCCCUUGUUUUUCAUCAGGUCUUGGAGGCAUGCAUACUAUCGGAAGUUGGACCAUGUUGGUCGAAAGCUGUAUAUGUCUUGGGCUACUAUAGGUAUGUAGUUUGAUAGAAAAAACGCAUGUAUAAUUGAUGCAUCUGAGCUAGGUGUGUUGCUACAUGAUUGUUUGAUGUUAAAAAAUUAAUUUUUACGUCUGUCAACUCGCUUGGUGUGCAGACAAAGCGGCCCACUCGCUUGCAUGAGCGGUUUUGUUAUAUGCAAACCACAUAUAAUAGGAUGUUUCUUUCCCUUGCAUCUUUCUUGAAGAAUGUUGAAAUUAAGUCUUAUGUUGAUACGAAUGCAAAUUGCGGACGGUAAACUUGGGUGUAUGGGGUGAGCCUGUUGGCUCGGGUUUAGUAGUCCGUCUCCUCUUUGUGUUCACUUUUGCUUUUUUAUUUUCUCAUUAAUAAAUUUCUUCUCUAAAAAAAUAGUAAUUUUAGACACGUAUAAAAGCUGUAAUAGCCCAUCUUACCCAGGUCCGAUUAAAACCCAAUAAAAAUAAAACCAAGUUCAAAGUCCAUUUACAUAAUUAAAGUCAAUGUCCAGAUUACAGCAAAAUCAACACGGCCCAAUAAACUAAACCCAAUUAGCCUAAGCCCAACACCCUAGCCCAACUAGCCUAAACCAGCCUUGACCGAAACCUUAGCAGCAACAGCAUCCAGCAGCGCCGCAGUCGAGCCCCGGGUCUCCCCGCGCGUGCUGCGCCUCUGUGCGCGUGCACUCCUCCUCCGUAUGCCUGUACUUGCAAUGCAACAAAUGCAACAAAACAGAUAAAACAAGCAAUAACAGA